GGCCCUCCCCGCACGCUCUCCCUACCGCUAUGGCGGCGGUCGCGGAGUCGCUCUCUUUUCUGGGCCUCACCCCGUCCGCGCGGGACCCCGCGACCGCCGUUCGGAGACGGAACCGCGGCCCCCGGAACCGCAAGAAGGGCUGGAAGCGCUGGGCCGGGCCCGAGGCGCGGCUGGGCCGAGAGAUCGGCGAUUUCCUCGAGGAUGUGACGCUGCAGCAGCGCGUGGCGGGCGGUCUGAUCGCCGAGCAGCCCGACGCGGGGCUCUUCUUCGUGGAUACGGGCAAUGCUGAGAAGGGACGGAAAAGGAAGAAUAAAAUCCGUGAGAAACCCCUUCACAUCGACCUGGUGCUGCAGCCCGACUCUAAAGUGCCACCACCCAAAGACAUUCUGUCCCAUCAGAUCCCCAAUGGGAAGAAGGAGCGGCGGCGGCGGCAGUUCUGGGAGCGGUUGGCACAGAGGGGGGUUCUGCCGCGCGCUGAGCGACGGCUCCAAACGCGGCUGCAAAACGCUGCCGCCCCCCCCCGGGGCCCCCCCAGGGAAAAGGCACCUGAAAAGGGGCGCGUGGAUCCCGGGAGGAGCUUCUAUGAUAUCUGGGCAGAUGAUAACCCCCUGGAGCGGGCCCUGGUGGGGCAGGACUCAUGGUUCCUGCAGCAGACACAGAAGCAGAGGGUGAAGCGCCCCCCCAGGCUGCAGCAGAAACCAUCGCAGCUCCCGGCCGUGGAGGUGAUCGCCCCCGGGGGGUCCUACAACCCCACCUUUGAAGACCACCAGGCACUGCUGCUGAAGGCGCAUGAGGUGGAGGUGAUGAAGAAGAGGGCAGAGGACAAAGUAGAGCGGCAGCUCCGCUUCCCCACAGCUGCUGAGGCCCCCACUGCGGAGACGGUGUUCCGGGAGCAGUGCGAGGGGCUGCUGGAGGAGUCGGAGGGUGAAGAGGAGGAGGAAGAGGAGCAGAAAGAAGAAGCAGUGGGGGGGGCACAACCCUCGGACCCCCCCAGGCCGCCCCUCAGACCGGGCAAGAAGACGGAACAGCAGCGGCGGAAAGAGAAGGAGGCGCGGGCGCAGGAGUUGCGGCGGCGCCAGGAGAAGGCGUGGAGGUGCCGGCAGCAGCAGCUGUUCCGUCUGCGCUCGCUGGGCCGGCAGCUGCGGCGCUGGGAACAGGAACUGCUGCGGCGGAGGAGGGCAAGGGAGGCCAAACGGCGCGAGAUGGAGGGGCGGCCGCGGCGCCUGGGGAGGAUCAAGUAUGAGGACCCCGCACUGGAGGUGCAGCUGAGCGAUGAGUUGGCGGAGUCGCUGCGUACGCUGAAGCCCGAGGGCAGCGUUCUGCACGACCGCUUCAAGAGCCUUCAGAAACGGAGCCUGAUUGAGCCCCGGGAGCGGGCAAAGUUCAAAAGGAAAUACCGCCUGAAGUACGUGGAGAAGAGGGCAUUCCGGGAAGUGACGUUGUAGCUGCGAAUCCCCAGCCCAAUAAAAACCUCUCUGCACCUCC